CAGGCGAGCCACUGGUGAAGUCAUUUCAAUUUGAACCCCAGGGGAACUCGACCGAGCCUCGCGAAGUCCCGCGAAGCCGGAGCCUAUUAGCCGGGGUUGCACACGACGGUUGAAAGGCCACCCCCUAAAUGUCAGGCAGCCUCCAGUGAGGCCGCGGAGAGGCGUUAAUUAGGAGCAAUUAGCUUGCCCCCGCUGGGAAGCUGCUUUUCCCGCCUUCCGCCUUCCCCUUCCCCCGCUGCUGCGCCAGGCUCAGGGGUUCCUGGGCUGGCUCCUUGCGCAGGGCCGGCGCCUGCAGCAGGCAAAGGACCGAGGAAUGCGCCGAGCCCCGGUCCCCCGCCUCCCCUGGCCGCUGGAGCGGUGCAUUGUGGAGGGAGCCCGCGUCCCGCCGCCGCCGAGGAAGCCUCCUGCCGCCGGGAAGCGCCUCCGCUGGGAGCUGUCCAAGGUGCCGCGGUCGCUGCGACACCCCCGCCUGCUCCUGCGCUCCGGCCCUCUCGCCUCCUCCCGCCCUGCCCGCGGCGCCCGGCCGGAGCCGAGCAUGGUGUUUGCGCCAGGCAGUUGCAUAAAUGUUCCUGACCAGUGUAGCAAACAGAGGUGAGAAAUCUGGAAAUGACCAAGAAGAACUUGCAUUGCAGAAUGCCAGCAAACAGAUUGUGCAAACUGCCAUUCUGCAGGCUGUUCAGCAAGUCUCUCAGGAGACUCAACAAAAGGAGAAGAGAGUAAACAGCAGUGUGAGCCUGCAGUUAGAAAGAGGGGAAUUAACCAAGAAGCAUGAAAAAAAGUGAAAGCGUGAACUAUUUGCAUUGGUCCUCCAGUUGGCAAUAUGUCCAGCUUUCCUCUUAGUUUGUGUUGCCCCCAGUGCAAUGUUACUACUGUAAAGCAAACCAAAGUAUAAUCAGCACCUAGACAUAGAGUAAAGCUGCAAUAGGCCUCAACUAAGAAUUAUUAAGUGCAUUAGGUGAUUAACUUCAUAUUUAUGCAGUGCCUCUUAAUCAUAAUAACAUAAAAAUACUGUAGCUAUACAAUAGUUUUAAGCACAAUCUCUUAAGGUAUGGUUUUAUAUGCAAAAGCUAAUUGUUAGUGCAUUUCUGUAUCAAUCUCAUGUGUACCAUCUGUGUCUAUUUAAAUGGCAGAUAUCUCCACAAGUAACAGAUUUUAUUAGGGGUUGUCUACAUCAACUAAAGAGUAUACUGUAGAAUGUAGGGGUAUGUCUACACUACCCCACUAGUACAGCACAAUAUUUAUCAAAAUACUUAAUGCAUGGGGCACGAACUAGGUAGUUUGAACUAGGCUUCCUAGUUCGAACUACCGUUACUCCUCAU